CGUCACAACAAACGCUCUGUUGCUCAUGCGCACACUUGCCAGAAUGUUCGAGAACUUUCCGCUCUCCUUUAAAUACCAGUGACGGCGAGGUCGAUCCAAAUCUCGUCUGUGACGAAACGAGGUUAGAGCGAAAAUGGCCGGAUUGCUGUUACCCGCUUUACUAGGCGACGCGUGGGAUUAUCCACGACGAUUAUUCGAUCAACACUUCGCUUUAGGACUGACUGACGACGAUUUCUUCCCUCCCAGGUUGUAUCGUGGUUACGUCAUACGGCCCCGACGUCAGACCAGUCGUCAAGAUUCUACUUCCGGCGUGUCGGAGGUCGUCAACGCCAAAGACCGGUUCCAAGUCAUGACCGACGUCAGUCACUUUUCUCCGGAGGACAUAACUGUCAAAACCGUGGACAAUUGCGUGGUGAUACACGGCAAGCACGAGGAGAAAGUGGAUCAACACGGGUUCGUGGCCAGGGAGUUCACCCGGAGAUACGUCCUUCCUAAGGAGGUUGACCCGGAGCAGGUGACCUCGUCGCUGAGUGCCGAUGGAGUGUUGACGGUGGAAGCUCCCAAGAAGUGUGAAGAAUUGCCUUCUAACGAGAGAAUUGUCUCUAUAACCGUACAGAAGGCUCCCGCAGUGACGGAGACUGAGAAAAUGGAAGACGGUACCAAAGAAUAAUUUGUCCUCGUUUAUUGUAAAAUUCCUUAAUUUAUUGUGUUAUUAGCCUAUAGUAGGCCUCCUAAGUUGUAUAUUACGUCGUUAUUUUCUACGUUAUUUCAGUUUAAUAAAAAGCGUUAAUUAAUUAA